GGUAACGAUUAAAAGGGGUGUGCUUCUUGCUAUGCCAGUGUCUUUCCUGUGUUCGUAGUCGAACUGCUUAAGGGAUCUAUUCUCUUAUUCCGCAGUGUUUCUCUCAAUGGGUAGCUUUGAAAACGCUUGCAUCUGCUCCGAAAGCGAAAGCUACUUUAUGACUCAAUAGGGCUUAAUAUUCAGCCCUUAAAUAGGAUAUACGGUUUUACUCAGGUAAUUGUCAUCCUUUACGUUUCUCUCAACUUCUCGAUCGAGGUCUAAAACAGUACAUCCACCUGCAGGCUGACCGCUUGUAGCCUACGUCUUGUUCUGGAUGUCAGACGGUCAAUAGGAGUCCAAGUUUGACAUUCAACCCGAAAAGAAAGAUGUCUGCUGAAGUGGACACGAGGGACCACGGACCAAUGAAACGACUCAGUUCCAUAUUCACAUCCCUCCAUGACAAGAUCAACCAAGGACGCCGUGACGGGGUGGCUCCGGUGUCCAGGGCCCCUGCCCUCUCCUCUCCCCAGCCCCCGCGGCUCCCCAGCGGACAGGCAUUCUUCGAGUACCUGGUGGUGGUCAGCCUGCAGAGGAAGGAGGGAGUCUACCAGCCUCACAUCACCUACCAGUUUCCGAAGCUGGCAGAUCUGGGACACUCACAGCGAGAGCAGGAGGAGGGAACCCUGAAGGCCAUCCCCCUGUUCUGUUUCCCAGAAGGAGUCAACUGGGCCCCUCUCACAGAGUACCACAGUGAGACGUUCUCCUUCGUUUUGACAGAGGUGGACGGCAGCAGACGGAAUGGAUACUGCAGGAGGUUACUGCCUGGUGGCAGAGGGGCCAGACCUCCUGAAGCCUACUGCAUCAUCAGCAGUGUGGCCUGCUUCGGACUCUUCUCCAAGAUCUUUGACGAGGUGGAGAAGAGGAGGCAGAUCUCCCUGGCGAUGAUCUACCCCUUCAUGCAGAGUCUGAGAGAGGCGCCGUUUCCUGCCCCAGGAGACACCGUCAACAUCACCAGCUUCAUCCCUGAGUCUGGCACCGAGAUCAUAAGGCUGACGCGUCCCUGUGACUCGUGGCUGGAGCAUGUGGACUUCAGGGUGUUGUUUGGUCUGCUGACAGACGAGGAGGUGCUGACCGUGUUUGCUGCCACUGUGCUGGAGAGGAGGGUCGUCUUCACUGCCGACGAGCUCAGUACUCUGUCCCAGGUGCUCCAUGCGGUAGCAGCGCUGCUCUACCCAUUCUCAUGGCAACAUACCUUCAUCUCCAUUGUUCCCACGGUGCUGAUAGACGUCGUCAUGGCGCCCACCCCCUACCUGCUUGGUGUGCAGAAAAACCUGCUGGACAACAUCCACGACCACAGCGAUAUGCUGAUUGUGGAUCUGUCAGCUGGGGCAGAGAGUAGAUUCAUUACCAGUAUGGGAGACGAGGACUCGCUCCUCCCAGUGAAGCUUCAGGAAGAACUGCUUCAUGCGCUUUCCUCCAAAACGCCAGCCUCCACCCCGGAGGAGCUGAACCGAGUGGUGUCGGAAGCCUUCCUCUCCUUCUUUGUGAAGACCGUGGGCCACUUCUCAUCCCACAUGAAGCGCGGCGCCAACGGCCAGUCCAGAGUGUUCCAGAAGAAGUCCUUCUGCAACGCCACCGAGUCAAAGACCUACCGUCAGUUUGUCAAGGACUUCUGCAGAACCCAGAUGUUUGACAUUUUAAUCCAGGAAGAAGAGGGGCAGCCCUCGACACAUGAAGGUUUCUUCCAGCAGAAAGUAGCAAAAUAUCAAGAGAGGAAGAAAAAAGAGAAAGCCAAGAGUGGCUGGUUGAGAGGGUUUGUGGUGUGAGGCAGCACCUUCAGGCCUUCUGUUUCCGGUUCCUUCUGAACGUGGUGCUGCUGUAAGCAGAGGUUGUAACUUGCAGUUUUCCUCUUUGCCAACACAACCGUUAUUUAGUAUGACUGGGGUGGUUGGAGUAUUUCUCUCUUUUUUUUUUUUUUACUAUUUAUUAUAGUUUUAUGAAAGCUUGGUAUAAAAUGGUUACACUUAGAAGUUACUGUACAUGAUUAUUUCAUAUUUUAAAUUAAAUGUUUGUAUAUACAUUUUUAUGUUCUUUU